AUGAUAGCAUAUAUUAUUUCUGUACAGCAUCGACGUCCACAUAAAGCAAUUUCGGAUGCAACAGAAAUACGGAUCAGUACACGAAUGCUUUCAUCGGAGCUUUGUUGUCCAAUAUGUUUAGAUCUGUUGACAACAACAAUGACCACAAAAGAAUGUUUGCAUCGAUUUUGUAGUGAAUGUAUUACAACAGCAUUGCUUCGAGGUAACAAGGAAUGUCCUACAUGUCGAAAAAAAUUAGUAUCGAAACGGUCACUUCGCCCUGAUUCUAAUUUUGACGCUUUAAUUAAUAAAAUUUGGCCUGAUCGACAAAUUUAUGAGCAGAUGCAGCAAAAAGCAAUGGAUAUGUUCCAUCAGCAAAGUAAUGUAGAGGCAUUGCAGAAAAGUAUAGAAGCAGGAAUGAAAGCUCAAGCUGCUAAUCGUCGUCAGCGUGUUCAAGGAUCCUAUGACUAUGAAAAAAGAAAACGUCGACCUCGUAGCGAUGUUCAUGAUCGCUCGUAUAAUAAUUCUCCAGAUAGUAAUUCGCAAGAAGGUAGUGCUGAAGGUGAUGAGAAUGAUUUGCAUGCAAGGUGCAGUCAUAUUUGCUACCUUUUAUUAGAUUUGGAUUCCCUGUCUUCGACUACUGAUACUUCUGACACUUCGGAUACAACUGACUCUUCGAGUAAUACUUCGCCUGUAAAUCAUCCAAGUUCUAUUGCAAAUUCAGAGAGUCAUCCUGUUGUGCCACCGCUGAAUGCAUGUACUCUUAAAGAUCGCAUGCAUAAAUGGCUCGCAGAAAAUCCCUCAUCACCACUAAUUCCUGAUGAAGGCAUGAACGAGCAGCUGGAAAGACGACUCGAUGAAGAUAUAGAUUUCGCUGUUUUGCGUACAGAUGGAGAGUUUAUUGAAAUCGAAGCGGAAUUAUUGCCAGCAAAAUCGUUAUUUAAACGUCCAAAUGUCGCACCGCCGUUGUUAAAUCGACGUUAUAUUCGAACAAGAGAGGAUACUACCAUGGAACAUCUUGGAGAAUUCUUAUAUCAGAUUUGCAACGCAGAACAUCGAGAAGGGCAGCAGAAAAAUCUUUCUGAAGGAUCGAAAGAUUUUUCUAUCGAAAAUAGCAUAACCUCUUCACCAGUACAACAGUACUCAGCAUGUACAAUGUAUCGUCCUGAACAUUUUUAUGUUUAUAGUCGGGUUGGUGGUCGAAGUGUAAAUAAAAUAUUUGGUAAUGAGACGAUUUUAUCAGCAUUACACACACAAAGACGCGGUGAUCAUCUAAUGAUAUUUUUUGAUAUCGCUCCUUUAGAUUUACAUAGUAAAUCUGUACUUGAAGAAAUUGUUUAUGAUGAUUAUUUGAAAAAUCACUUUAUUGUAGAUUAUUUGAUGGCAAAUUUCGGUUUUCAAAUUCAUCAACGAAGCCCACACUUAAUAAAUGGCCAGAAUGUGGCGCUAUCUAUCAGUCAAGGUGAUGAAUUCAAAUCAGCUGUUGCGGCUGAAAUACGGGUUCAAAUGGUACCAGUCGUGAAAGAAGUUGUACGUGAAGUGGUAAAUGAAGUUCGAAACGUAAUGACUGAGAUGAUCACACCGCUUUGCAAUGAACUUCGUGAUCUUCGAAAUCGAGCUUGUUUUUCGACAGUACCGCAGUUUCCAUCUGUUAGUUCUGCUCUGUAUACAAACGCGCCUUGUACUACUUCUCAGGAAGAAAUAACUCCCAAAUCAGGAGAAUCUUCUUUGUCAGGUAAUCGCUCAAGAGCACAAAACCGAAAUAAAUAUAGCACUAAAAUUCAUCGAGAAUACAUUAGUUCUCAAAUUUCUGAAAAAUUUUUUUUCAGAGAACCGAGAGAGCCCAGAGGACAAGCAUCAACUAGUGACUGUGCAGCUUUCAGUUUUAUUUAUUAUAAUACUGUUUGUCUUAUACCAAUAUCAACUUUGUUGGAACCAGAAAAUAGUGCAUUCGUAUGUCAGAAAGUACCCAAAAUAUUUCUUGGAAAGGAAGGAGGUAAAAUAUCGUUCCUGGUUGAUAUGAAGGCUGUGAAAUUGAGGGAUCUCACAUCUGAUAAUUUAGGCUAUUGGACGUCAAGAUUUGCAGCACACAUGAAAACUAGGAAGUAUUUUGUGAAAGAUGGCAAGAUUACGGGUCGUAUUCAGCAGUUUGGACAAAUUUGUCAUUUGCUGCAGGACUAUGAUUAUAUCUUACAUCGGCAAUAUUAUUGUCAUGGAAACACAAUUGGACCAGCAGCCAUCCGGAAAAAUAUCUGGUAUUUGACUGGCAAAUUAAAUGGUGGCCAAGUUGUUGGAUGCGCACUAAUUUCGUAUGAAAUUGAUGAUAAUGCUAGCGUGAAAAUAAGAGUAAGAUACAAGUCAAGAGGAAAUGGUAUGAAUGUAAAAGAAGAAGUAUCAGUUGAGGAAAUGGAAAUGGAUUCUGUGCUUACACCAAACGCUGAGUUACAAAGGUUCGUAAGCAGCAUUCAGCCGCUGUAA